AACUCAGAACAGGGACAACACACACAACGUUUUAUGCAAAUAAUGACCGUCUGUUGAUGGAACAAAACACACUCAAGCGUCAAGGUUGUUAUGAAUGACUGUGCCGCUUCCUUCCUGUUUUGGAGGCUUCUGCCGUUUUUUUGGUUUCAGGGUUCAAGCUCGUUAGUUUUCAGCCACAGCAGGCAGCAGGUUCACACAGCACAGUGGCUGUAAAAACCGAGGAACCUUUAAAUAAUUAUACAACCUGUAGAUAUGACUGAGUAUUCUGUAUUCAGUUUACAGCUGAAACAGAUGAUUGGAUUACCUCAAACUGAUCAGAAAAGCUUCAUUUAGGAAAAAUAACAAAUGUUUGAAGAAGUAUUCUAUAAAUAUGAUUAUGACCUGUUGAUGUUUUUCACAAUACAUAUUUAAAACGUCUUUAAUUUAGUUUCUAUCCUUUGGAUAGAAGGUCAAUGCAAACAAAAGCUUGCAUUCACUGGGUUAUAUCUUUCUAGUUGAGCAAUAAUUGAAUACUGAAGCUGAUCUGUGAUAUUGACAGAAGUUUAGAGAAAUUACAAAAAAUUCAGAAAGCUGUGGACGGGUGCAGAAAUACAAAAAAAGAAUCACACGUUUAUUUCAGUUUCCUUUUGAUUCAGUGUGUGAAUAGAUCAGUGAAGCACAAGCAGAAACGAACCCUGAAAUGGUGUUUAAUUAAGAUUAAAGGUUUGCUGUUCAGCCUUGUUUCUGUGUUUUUGCAGACAAGAAUUAGCCAGGAUUAUUAAGCAAGGAGGAAAACGCCCUGUCUCCACACAGCAAACUUAACAUCAGUUGAGCUCAACAAAUUCUUAGCUGUUUGCCUUAUACAGCUCAGAGAUGGUGAAAGGCUUGGGGAGUAGGUUCUUUGUCUUUGUAGCAGGCAAAACCAACGAGUCUCAUCACUCCAUCGUUGACCAGCUGAGGAACGCGGAUCAAGUUGAAGCUUACUCUCCUGCAGACUGUGACUACGUCCUGGUGAUCUGUCCAAUCGCGUCACGCGUCCUGACCGACGUCACAGAGGCUCUCAGCAAGGCUCCGAAUGAUAAACCCAUCAUUCUGGUGGUGAUGCAUCACACAUUCGACCCAAACCUCAUCAUAACUGAAAGCAGGAGGCAGGUGCAGCACCAGAACGUCCGUCUCACCGUGGAUUACUUUUUCCAUCAGAAUAAAAUCCUCAACUGUAACCGUAAUAAAAUAUCAUGGCGUGAAAUCCAGAUGUUUCUCGGCAUUCCAAUUACCAGGUACUCUCUCCUGAAAUCUCUGAUUAAAGGUAUAAAGAAACGUAAAAAUGCCAUAUUUAUUGUCACUGUCCUUGUUGUGUCUAUAACUGUUGUCACGACGUCCAUCUUCAUGGUUGCAGCACAUAAAUAACCCUGACUUGCAUCAACUGACUAUAUUCUUUCUUUAAUCAAUUUUUAGUUUGUCUGAAACGUUUUCACAGGAUGAAAACGUUAUUGUUGGAUGAAAAGAUGCAAAGGCAGAAAAUCUGAUCACUUUUUAAAACUGCAACGCAACAAAAGUCUUAAUUUCACAUUUUUAUAUCUAAAGAUGACCUAAUAAAUAAAUUAUCCUUGUAGGUUAAUGUAAAUGUUUCUUUGGUUUGAUUUUAUUAAUGCAUAAAGUUUAUGCAUUUGGUCACAUCACACCUUUGUUAAUAAGAACAAAUAGAAAGUCUUUAAACGCCUCCGACCGCUGCAGAUUUUUUACUUAAACUAAAUGGAUAUCUGCAGUAUUUAUAUUGGUUUUUACCUAAAUGAAGAAGGAAAAUUAAAAAUUUAGUGAAAGUUUUCUCUGUGUUUAAUUUUUUGCAUUAUUAUUUGGGUUUGACAGGAAGUAGAAGCGGUUUCAUAAUUAGUUUUUGUUCUCGGUUCCAGUAAAAAGCCGAGACAUCCAGAAAGCAUGUGAAUGUUUCACCUGUAUCUAAAUGUUAUUCUUAAAUUAAAAAGAAAUUAAAGUUGUAAAGUUA